AUGUCAUCUUCAUUCAAAGAAGAUUCAUCUACCAAACUCGAAAAACUGAAUACUGUUGAUUCUUCAUCAGAUCAACAUUCGAUCAAUGAAUACAAUGGGUUUGAUGAACAAACAAACAAGGAUAUACAAAAUUUAGCAAGAAGUUACACCCAUGAUUCAAUCGGUGAUUCUUCAUCAGUUGGUUUAAUUAAAUAUUUAUCAAAUAUGUCGGAAGUUCCUGGUAUUAGUCCAUAUGAAAAUGAAACUGAAAUUGAUAAAUUAAAUCCAGAUUCUGACAGUUUCAAUGCUAAAUUUUGGGUUAAAAAUUUGAAAAAAUUGUAUGAUUCAAACCCUGAUUAUUAUAAACCUUCUAAAUUAGGUGUUGCUUAUAAGAAUGUAAGAGCUUAUGGGGUUGCUAAUUCUUCAGAUUAUCAGCCAACUGUUACAAAUGCUCUUUGGAAGUUAGCAGUUGAAGGUUUUAGACAUUUAAAAAAAACAGAUGAAAGUAGAUAUUUUGACAUUUUGAAAAAGAUGGAUGCUAUAAUGAGACCUGGUGAAUUAACCGUUGUAUUAGGUAGACCAGGGGCUGGUUGUUCCACUUUAUUGAAAACAAUUGCUUGUAAUACUUAUGGUUUCAAUCUUGAUAAAGAAUCUACAAUCACUUAUGAUGGAUUAACUCAACAUGACAUUGAGAAACAUUAUAGAGGAUCUACGGUGUAUCUGGCUGAGCUGGAUGUACAUUUUCCUCAUUUAUCAGUUGGCGAUACCUUGGAAUUUGCUGCUAGAUUGAGAACUCCUCAAAAUAGAGGUGAAAAUGUUGAUAGAGAAACUUUUGCAAAACAUAUGGCUAGUGUGUACAUGGCAACUUAUGGUUUAUCACAUACGAGAAACACCAAUGUUGGUAAUGAUUUUGUAAGGGGUGUUUCAGGUGGUGAAAGGAAAAGAGUCUCAAUUGCUGAAGUUUCAUUAAAUGGUGCAAAUAUACAAUGUUGGGAUAAUGCAACAAGAGGUUUAGAUGCAGCUACAGCAUUGGAAUUUAUUAGAGCUUUAAAAACAUCAGCUACAAUUUUAGACACAACACCAUUAAUUGCUAUUUAUCAGUGUUCACAGGAUGCUUAUGAUUUAUUUGAUAAAGUAGUUGUCUUAUAUGAAGGUUAUCAAAUCUUCUUUGGUAAAGCUGAUAAAGCUAAAGAAUUUUUCAUUAAUAUGGGUUAUGAAUGUCCUCAAAGACAAACUACAGCAGAUUAUUUAACUUCAUUAACAAAUCCAGCAGAAAGAGUGGUUAUACCUGGUUAUGACAAUAAAGUUCCAAGAACUCCACAAGAAUUUGAAGCAUAUUGGAAGAAAUCACCAGAAUAUGCAGAAUUAAUUAAGGAAAUUGAUCAACAUUUGAUAGAUUGUGAACAGUUAAAUACAAAACAUGUUUAUCAUGAUGCUCAUGUUGCUAGACAAAGUAGCAAAUUAAGACCAGAAUCUCCAUACACUGUUAACUUCUUUAUGCAAACUAAAUAUAUAAUGCAUAGAAAUUGGUUAAGAAUGAAAGGUGAUCCUUCAAUUACAAUUUUUUCAAUUUUCGGUCAAUUAGUCAUGGGUUUGAUUUUAUCUUCAGUUUUUUAUAAUUUAGAUCAAACCACUGGUUCAUUUUAUUAUAGAGGUGCUUCAUUGUUUUUUGCUGUUUUAUUUAAUGCUUUUGCAUCAUUAUUAGAAAUUAUGGCAUUAUUUGAAGCUAGACCAAUUGUUGAAAAACACAAGAAAUAUGCUUUAUAUCGACCUUCAGCUGAUGCAUUGGCAAGUAUUGUUACUGAAUUACCAGUUAAGUUUCUAAUGUCAAUGUCAUUCAAUUUUGUCUUUUACUUUAUGGUCAACUUCAGAAGAGAGCCAGGAAGAUUCUUUUUUUACUGGUUAAUGUGUGGUUGGUGUACUUUGGUCAUGUCACAUUUGUUUAGAUCACUUGGUGCUGUUUCAACAUCAAUUGCUGGCGCUAUGACCCCGGCAACUGUUCUAUUAUUAGCAAUGGUUAUCUAUACUGGGUUCGUCAUUCCUGUUCCAUAUUUGUUGGGCUGGCUGAGAUGGAUUAACUAUAUAAACCCCGUUGGUUAUGUUUUUGAGUCGCUAAUGGAUAAUGAGUUUUAUGAUCGUGAGUUUCAGUGUGCAAGCUUUAUCCCUUCCGGUCCAGGGUUUGAAAAUGUGUCAGUCGAUAAUAGGGUGUGUCUGGUCGUCGGCGCGGUGCCGGGAUCUAACGUAGUUAAAGGUACUGAUUACCUUCGACUUUCUUUUGAUUAUUAUAAUUCACAUAAAUGGAGAAAUUUAGGGAUUACAAUUGCAUUUGCUGUUUUCUUUUUGAUAAUUUACAUAUCUUUAACUGAAUUUAAUAAAGGUGCAAUGCAAAAAGGUGAAAUUGUUUUAUUCCUUAGAGGUUCAUUAAAGAAACAAAAGAAAGCCGAAAAAAAUAGAGAUGAAGAAACAGGUAUUGAAACUGAAAAGAUAACCAUCAAAGAUGAAACAGAAGCUGAUAAAUAUGAUUCACCAAAGGAAAAAAUUGAAUUACCAAGUAAUAAAGAGAUAUUCUUUUGGAAGGAUUUAACUUAUCAAGUUAAAAUUAAAAAGGAAGAUAGAGUUAUUUUAGAUCAUGUUGAUGGUUGGGUUAAACCAGGUCAAGUUACUGCAUUAAUGGGAGCUUCAGGUGCUGGUAAAACUACAUUAUUAAAUUGUUUAUCAGAAAGAGUUACAACUGGUGUUAUAACUGAUGGUGUUAGAAUGGUCAAUGGACAUUCAUUAGAUUCAUCAUUUCAAAGAUCAAUUGGUUAUGUUCAACAACAAGAUUUACAUUUACCUACUUCAACAGUUAAAGAAGCUUUAAGAUUUUCUGCAUACCUUAGACAAUCAAAUAAAAUUCCAAAGAAAGAAAAAGAUGCAUAUGUUGAUUACGUUAUUGACUUAUUAGAAAUGACAGAGUAUGCAGAUGCAUUAGUUGGUGUCGCUGGUGAAGGUUUGAAUGUCGAACAAAGAAAAAGAUUAACAAUUGGUGUUGAAUUAGUUGCUAAACCAAAAUUAUUAUUAUUCCUUGAUGAACCAACUUCAGGUUUAGAUUCACAAACUGCUUGGUCAAUUUGUAAAUUAAUGAGAAAAUUAGCAGAUCAUGGUCAAGCUAUUUUAUGUACUAUUCAUCAACCAUCAGCUAUUUUAUUAAAAGAAUUUGAUAGAUUAUUAUUUUUGCAAAAAGGUGGUAAAACUGUUUAUUUUGGAGAUUUAGGUGAAAAUUGUUCUGAAUUAAUUAGUUAUUUUGAAUCAUAUGGUGCACAUCCAUGUCCAAAAGAAGCAAAUCCAGCUGAAUGGAUGUUAGAAGUUGUUGGUGCAGCCCCUGGUUCUCAUGCAAAACAAGAUUAUUUUGAAGUUUGGAGAAAUUCAAAAGAAUUUAAACAAGUACAACAAGAGAUUGCAACAAUGGAAACUGAAUUGAGUAAAUUACCAAGGGAUGAAGAUCCAGAAGCUAAAUUAAAAUAUGCAGCACCAGUUUGGAAACAAUAUUUAUUAGUUAGUUGGAGAACUAUAGUUCAAGAUUGGAGAUCACCUGGUUAUAUUUAUUCAAAAUUAUUUUUAGUUUUAUCAUCAGCAUUGUUUAAUGGGUUUUCCUUUUUCAAAGCUAAUAAUUCUAUGCAAGGUUUACAAAAUCAAAUGUUUGCAAUUUUCAUGUUUUUCAUUCCAUUCAAUACUAUUGUUCAACAAAUGUUACCAUUUUUUGUAAGACAAAGAGAUGUUUAUGAAGUUAGAGAAGCUCCAUCAAGAACUUUUAGUUGGUUUGCAUUUAUAACUGGUCAAAUUACAUCUGAAAUUCCAUAUCAAAUUGCAGUUGGUACAUUAUCAUUCUUUUGUUGGUAUUAUCCAGUUGGAUUAUAUAGAAAUGCAGAACCAACAGAUCAAGUAAAUCAAAGAGGUGUAUUAAUGUGGUUAUUAUUAACUUCAUUUUUUGUUUAUUCAAGUACAAUGGGUCAAUUAUGUAUGUCAUUCAAUGAAUUGGCGGAUAAUGCAGCAAAUUUGGCAACUUUAUUAUUUACAAUGUGUUUGAACUUUUGUGGUGUACUUGCUGGUCCAGAUUUUUUACCUGGAUUUUGGAUAUUCAUGUACAGAUGUAAUCCAUUCACAUAUUUAAUACAAGCAAUUAUGGCCACAGGAUUAGCAAAUACCAAUGUACAUUGCUCAAAAUAUGAAUUAUUAAGUAUCCAACCACCCUCAGGUACAAGUUGUGAGGAUUAUUUAGGACAAUAUAUCAAAACUGCUGGUGGUUAUUUCGAAAAUGGUGUUAAUGGUUCUUGUCAAUUUUGUCAGAUGUCCGGUACCAAUGCCUUUUUGGAUUCAGUUAAUGCUGUAUAUUCAGAGAGAUGGAGAAAUUGGGGCAUCUUUAUAGCAUUUAUUGCGAUAAAUAUAGUAGGUACCGUGAUUCUUUAUUGGUUAGCUAGGGUUCCAAAAGGUAAUAGAGAAAAGAAACAUAAAUAA